AUGUGGUCUUACAGAGGUGCCAAAUUCCUCUUCAAGAAGAUAUUCGGUCCUUACUUCCAAUAUGAAUUGGAUAAGGAUCAGUUCGAUAUCGGAUUCAAGAGUGGCACAAUAGAUCUAUCGAAUCUAGAGUUGAAUAUACGGCGUAUCAAUGCUGAUCUACAGGGUUCGCCACUCGCACUAUCCUCAGGCUUUGUUGGUAACAUACAUGCCAAAGUACCCUACACAUCUCUGUGGGAUAGUCCAAGCGAGUUCAACAUCUCCAACUUGGAACUGUCAUUUGUAUCAUAUGAGAACUACGAGGAUAUUGUACUUGGUAAACUUAACGAUAUAGAGUAUCAACAACAUGUCAGUUCUGAAAGGAAUCAUGAGGAUUAUAUACAGAAGCAACAGGGUCAGCAUAGCACGAGCACGAGCACGAGCACAACGACAACGACCUCAACUACAACACCUUCAUUAUCAUCAUCAUCACAAUUCGAACAUACUUAUUACUCGGACGAGGACGAGGAGGUGGACAACAUGACGCAGACGAACCGCGACCACUCCUACGGCGGUCUGGAGAUGUUGUCCGAGAUACUCAAGAAGAUCAUCGACAAGGUCUCAGUGAAGCUGAGCAACUGUAACAUCACAAUCACGCACUACGACAAGAAGCUGAACAAGUCGAUCGUGCUGCUACUGCUCGUCGAGUCGGUGGAGUACGCCACAGACAGCAGCGCAGCCGCCACAGCAACCGCAGCAGCAGACACCGGUGUCGACGCCGAGACCGCAGCAGCCGACCACCAGGCCUACUUCUACAAGCAGAUCAAGCUGAUAAACCUUUCGAUCAAGGUGGCCGAGACAGAAGGCAACAUACUGCUGCAGGAUCAAUUUUACACCAGCUCCAUCGUGGAAUGCAUCAACCCUUCGGCCUUUCAAACGAUAUUCACCAACAGGCGUGAGCAAACGAAUGCCGGUGACAAUGCUGCUGCUAGCACAUCUUCGCCGCCCCACCACGAGUACAUUGGCCUGAAGAUCAAGCGCAACGAGAAGAACAACAGCAUGCCAUUGUUCAACAUCAACUGUAUAUUCAACGACUUCACCAUCGUCCUCUCGCCUGCUCAACUCAAUCUGUUACAGCACUUUGGCAAAGUGUUCAAGAGUGGGCGAGGAGGCGGCAGUGGCGUGGGCAGCAGCAGCAGUGGCACUAUCGAUGUGGUGUCCGACCAGACCAAGGACCAGGGCGGCGGCAAUGUCGUCACGACCUCCAAGUCACCAACAUCUGGCGAGUCUGGAGUCCAGCAAUCUCCUCCUCAGACACAGCAACAGCAACAGCAGCGCCACUUCAAUCGACAGCCAUACAACACGGACUUCUUCCUGCUGCACCUGAAUGACUUGGUCGUAAGCUACAAACAGAGCCAUCACGCCAAGAACAUUGGUAUCAGCAUAACAAAGUUCAACCUAUUCCAACAUGUAUAUUCACCAUCAUGCUCCGAGUCAUGCGUCGACUUGGUACAGGCGAGCGACAAUCACAUCCUCAAUCCAAGUCUCCAUCCCAUCAUCCAAUUCCACAAUGUACAUAACCAUGACAGUACCCUACCCUUUGACAUCAAUGUCAAACUAAUGUAUAUAUAUCAACCCGGCAAGAAGUCCUACGACAGGGACAUCAAUGUACAAAUGAAAGACCUCUCACUUUAUGUCUAUCCUUAUUUGCUUGUCAGCGGAAUGUAUUUGCUUGAGGAGCUUGCCACACAUGGAAGCAGACGCACAUCACUCUCGGAGCUGGAGCUCAAGGAGAAGAGCAAGUUCGACAAGUCCAGCCCAAUUAUUCGGUCAUCACACUCGUACGAAAACAUACUGACCGAGCUCAAUAGUGCCAGCAACAACUUCACGCUCGACGGAACUGCUACUUCGAGCGGCGGAGGUGGUGGCUCCUCCCACACACUCGAUCACCCCGACAACGACAAUGAAUCUGACGAGGAGUCCACGUCGACACAGCUGCGAGUCCACUCAUCGCUCAUCAAGGUCAUCGUCAAGUUCCCCAACGAUUACAGCAUAUGCAAUGACGACAAUCCGCAACGUAUGGCAGCGGGCCAGAGUCUGCGCGCCGAGUUUCUCUCGAUCGUGGCCAAUAAUGUCGUGGUCGAGUCCAACAUCAUCAAGGAUAUCAAGGACGUCAAGUGGCUGGUGAACUUUGACGACAUACACUCUAGCCUCACCAAUGAGGUCAAUGACAGCGUCAGAUUCAUCGACGUCCAGACCAAGGACCCGUCCUCACCCCAUGGCCACGUGAUGCCCGUCGAGGUUACCAUUCGCGGCAUGAUCAGCGCAUACACAAACUACGACGUCGACCUCAACUCGCCGCCAUAUCGACCUAGCAGGCUGAACUCCUCCUCCGAAUCACCACCUUGCUCGCCAACGUCCUCGCCAAACUCGCAUCGCUUCAACCCACUCCACAACAACAGGGAGCGUUACAAAGGUCCGUUCUCAAGCUUCAUCGCUACAUCCGAGGGCAUCUUUGAUAAUAACUGGCUAGGCGAGGCCGAACAAGAUGAGAUAAGUUCAUUCAGACAUAUGUCCAUUGAGUCAUCGAAAUACGUACUCAAUGUUGUCAUACCUUACUUGAAGUUGGAGAUCAAGAAGGACGAUCUCAAUCUGCUGGUGUCGUUGCUCGACUCAUUCUCAGCGUUCAUUCACAAGAGACUGAGUCAGGACGAUGCUUCAUCAUCAUCCCCCCAGCAACCAAAUGACAUUCAAGCCCACCCUCAUCCUCAUCCUCAAGCUGGACUCUCCUCCUCCUCUACAUCAUCAUCAGCCCUCAACAACAAGGCCAUGAAGAACAUGAGCCUGUGCUCAGUACUCAUGAACAUCAGCAGAGGACAAUUCAUAUUGAUUGAGAACAGCCGCCCGCCUCCACCAUCCCCACCAUCAACAUCCUCGUUGUCAGACUCGAGCUCGUCAUUGUCUAGCUCUAGCCCCUCAUUCCAGGAUCUCGAUCACUUCAAGUAUACGAUCGACUUCAAACGGCUUGAGGUGUUCAACGUCACUGGCUACUUUGGUCGCGACAUUAGCUUCACCAAUGCCUCCAUGUCGCAGGUUGAGCUGAUCGAGACCAACCUACUUGUGCGCGACUCCAAGCCCAGAGUAGUCAUCUCAAACACACUAUCGCCAAACAAGAUUAUCCCGAGCCAGUCUCUCAGCAUCGUUGUGUCUAUCAAUAACGACCACUCCAACUACCUUGACCCCUCCAUCGAUGGCAAGGUCAUGUCAUUGGUCUUCAAGGGCGUGACAGUCGAGCAUCGCAUCAACUCUACCUGGUACUCAAGGAUCACAGACUUCCUCUCAUUCAAUGAUCCCAAGAACAACAACAAACCAAACAGCGACGUGGAUUGUGAUGAUGACAGCGCUGGCAUGAAGACAUUCCUGAACUUUAUAGAUUGUUCAUUGUAUUACAUACCGUCGCCAGGUCUCAGCUCGGCGGCAGUGUUCUUCUUUGCCGAUUUCAAACUCAAGAUUGUGCCCAACUCAACAAAGAUCAGCUGCAGUGGCCAGAACAGUAACAUAUUCGUAAUCGAUGAUGUGCUGAGCGUGCGAGAGUCCUCGCCCACCACCUCGUCGCACUCAUCCGUCUUCAACUACUGGAAGUUCAUUGGAUUCGAGCCGGCAGCGGCGCUGGAUUACUUUGAGUUUGAAGUCUUGCGCCAUACAGACAAGGAUACCUAUCCCAAGUUCCUGUUCAAGUUCAAUCACAACAUGUUGGAGAUCAGUGCAUGCGCCGACUCAUUCUUUGUGCUCAACGAAGUCAUUAGCAACCUGCUCGGCCUCGACAUACCCUAUGCAGAGGUGGCCGACCUGAUCAUCAUGCAGGGCAUCGCGCCAGACCUGAAGGACAACAUCGACAUCCUCAUCAAUGAGGACACGUUCAAAUCGACAAUCGCCGAGCUGUCCCAGGCGACCUCGUCAACGUUUGCCCAGUCUCCUCCAGUGAACUACUCCUCGUCGACCACGAGCGACCCGCCCAAUAUGGUGUUUGAGGACUUUGAAGAUGACGACGCGCUCAGCUUUGACGAGGAGGAUAGCAGCGAGAGCGAAGGAGUUAUCUAUGAGUACCAUUCCCCCGACCUCCUGACGCAGCAACAGCAGCAGCAGCAACAACUCACAGACAGCAUGUCCUCUUUGGACGAUCACUCAGAUGUUACACUGGACACUUCCUCGCAGACAUCAAGCAUCAUCCCCAUCAUGGGCAGUGUGAUGAUCGAGGACUAUGAUCAGGACAAGCAACAGCCUCCUCAGCAACAACAGCAACACAUUGCAGAUCUCCCCUCUGAAGAGGACCAGAUGAUCUUUGUUGACUUUGAGCAAGACUCGGACUUCAAGCCAGAGUACUCUCCUGUGCCAACGCGAGCGACCUCAAAGAAGCACUCGAUCCACGCGACUGGACAUUCAUACUCCUCGUCGACCUCCACAUCAUCAUGGUCAUCAUCAUCGUCCUCACACUACAACGAUGUGCGCGUCUCUUGGCUCGACCCGCGCUACAAGGACAUCGACAUCAUUGAGAACUACAUCAGUAGUCCUGGCGAGGACCCCGAGGACUGCAAGCUGCCGCCCACCUAUCCACGCUCAGUCGAACGCUACCUCUUUAGCAAGAUGAACAUCUGUCUCAAGAUAUACAAGGGCAACGAUUGGGACACGGUUGUGGCCCGCAACAAGUCCACCUCGACUACUUCAUCAGGCUCGGGACAGGGAUCGAGCUCAACUGGUACCUCCUCGCCCAAGUCUCGCGAUACAAGCACCUAUGUGGAGUUCCAGUUCUCUGGCUUCAAUCUGCGCAUCGACAAGUUCGAAGAGACUGAGCGCAUUGCCAAGCUGCUCUCAUUCCACCUGCAUGACAUCACAAUCAUUGAUCACGUGCCCACGUCUCUUUGGAACAAGUUCCUUUGCUCCGACUCCAACGUGACGCGUUUCCAGCAGUCACCCAUGCUCAAGAUCCAGCUCGAGACGGUGCGACCCGACGUUAACCAUCCUUUGCUGCAGGAGAACAAACUCAAGGUGUUAAUACUCCCACUGUGCUUUAACAUCGAUCAAGACACGGUGAUGUUCAUGAUCAACUUCUUCUCGUACAAGCCGACACAUCGUCGCGGCUCUCUCGAGUCGUCACCCUACAGCGAGUCGCCCCAGACCAAGAAGAAGCGAACCCCUCCACCUCACAUGGCCACGAGCCGAUCGAUACCCGAGGACAAGGCGCGCACCACCGACGUCGAAGCAGCGCAGGGCAUCACGUACUUCCAGUCAGUCGAGAUACAUCCGAUCCGUCUAAACGUAGACUACAAGCCCAAGAAGAUGGACUACCUAAGCUUAACCAGCGGCAACUACUCUGAGCUGCUGAACCUGCUGCCGCUCGAAGGCGCCAUCUUCAACCUGAAUCGUCUGAAGCUCAGUGGCGUCGGCGGAUGGGAUGCGCUAUUCAACCAGAUCAGCCGACAUUGGGUGCCACACAUUAUCAACACCCAGCUCAUGGGCUACGUGUCGGGUGUGCGUGGCAUCAACUCGUUGGUGCACGUUGGCGAGAGUCUGGCCAACCUGGUCAUCAUCCCAAUGGAACAGUAUCGCAAGGAUGGCAAGGUAUUCAAGGGUCUCAGGAAGGGCACGGCAUCCUUCCUCAAGAACCUCACGCUCGAGACUUUGUCCGUUGGAGCCAAGAUGGCCGUUGGUACCCAAGGUCUGUUGGAGACAGCUGACAGUGCGCUGUCAUCCAAGCAGCAACAGCAACAACAGCAACAGCAGCAUCAACAACCAGGUAGCAGUCCACAGCAAGCACAUCGUGAACAACACACGACAUCGACGACGACGACGACUACCACCACGACAUCAAGCUCGAGCAGCAAGUUCUCUGAUCAACCAGUGGACACGAAGGAGGGCAUCCAGCAUGCGUAUGAAUCAGUGUCGCGCGAGAUCAAGUCGGCAGCGCAUACAAUCAUCGCCGUGCCAAUGAAGGAGUAUCAUAAGAAGGGCACCAAGGGAUACAUGAAGUCGAUGGUCAAGGCAGUGCCCAUCGCCAUCAUCCGACCGAUGAUUGGUAUCACCGAGGGUGUCUCCAAGACAUUGCUGGGUGUUCGCAAUCAGAUCGACCCACAGAAGAAAGCUGAGAUGGACAACAAGUACAAAAAGGGUGUGUCAUUCACACAACAUUAA